GGAAAGGGAACAAAGCAGGUGGCUAAUGGGCUGUUUUUCUGUUUCAGUGGAGCAUGACAGAGAGUUUCACCAUCAGCGCUGCCACUACAGAGAGUUCAGGUUUGAUCUCUCCAGAAUCCCAGAGGGGGAAGCAGUGACGGCCGCCGAGUUCAGGAUAUACAAGGAUUACAUCCGCGAACGCUUCGAUAACGAAACGUUCCAGAUUAGUGUCUACCAGGUACUCCAGGAGCACCCGGGAAGGGAUUCCAAUUUGUUCCUGCUCGACUCUCGAACAAUCUGGGCUGCAGAGGAAGGGUGGCUGGUGUUUGACAUUACUGCAACCAGUAAUCACUGGGUGGUGAAUCCCCAACACAACCUUGGCCUGCAGCUCUCCGUGGAAGGCAUCGAUGGGCAAAGCAUCAACCCCAAGCUGGCGGGGCUCAUCGGGAGGCACGGCCCGCAGAACAAGCAGCCGUUCACAGUCGCCUUCUUCAAGGCCACCGAGGUCCAUCUCCGCAGCAUCCGCUCCACAGGGGGGAAGCAGAGGAGCCAGAACCGCUCGAAGCCACCCAAGAACCAGGAAGCUUUCCGGGUGUCGAACGUGGCAGAGAACAGCAGCAGCGACCAGCGACAAGCCUGCAAGAAGCACGAGCUCUACGUCAGCUUCAGGGACCUGGGGUGGCAGGACUGGAUCAUCGCUCCAGAGGGCUACGCUGCCUAUUACUGUGAAGGAGAAUGUGCUUUCCCAUUGAAUUCAUACAUGAAUGCUACAAAUCAUGCCAUUGUACAGACACUGGUUCACUUUAUAAACCCAGAGACUGUGCCGAAACCCUGCUGUGCUCCUACACAACUGAAUGCCAUCUCAGUGCUCUAUUUCGAUGACAGCUCCAAUGUUAUCUUAAAAAAAUACAGGAAUAUGGUGGUACGAGCAUGUGGCUGUCAUUAGAUUUGUAGGAAAGAAAAAAAAGUUAUUUGUGGAGAGUGGUUUUGUACAGCAACGUGGGGGAGGGGAAAAGGUUAGCACUCCAGCAAUGGGUUUAAAAAAUCCCAAACAGUUUUUAGGACUGGGCUUCUGAAAGUUCAGACAAUGGAACAGUUUCUGGAUCUAAGUGGCAUUUGAACACAUUUUGUUUUAGUUUAUUACAGACAAUGAGCUUGUAAACUGAAACAAGCCAGAGAAACCAUUUAAAACUAAAUCUGCCUACAAAAUUGGCUCCUACAAUACAUACUUUUGCAAAUGAGUCUUUCUGAAGGUUGCAAACUCACCCGUGUUGAUUGCGAGUUAAAAAAUAAUAAUCUACCCAAGGUGAGAAUGUGCUGUGACUAAUAAGCAUGUGUAGUGCCUGUAACACAGUUUGCAAUAAAAUAAGUGAACAAAA